GUGGAUUAGUGCAUGCACUGUACUGUGUACAAUUGCCGUUCAUUAUGCACGUCAUGUGAAUUUAUAACACAACUCAAGAGCUCAAUCUUUUGCGACUUCAACAUUGUUUGUGAGCUUCGAAUUGUUUGCUGUUUCUUUAUGAGGAGCUGCAUCACGACAAUGUGCAACUUGUAGAUGAGUCUCUACUCUUGACGGUGGAGUGUGCACGUGUGGAAAUCAAACGGAACGCUUCUGAAGUUAUAAAAGACAAGUCAAAUAACUAAAGCAAGCCAGCGCUUCAAUUCCAGCUUCAUCUUCAAUUCACGAGUCCUAUGCAUAGAGUUUAGGUUUAUGCCAUGUAUGAUGUGCCUAUGGGCCAAAUAUAAAAUCUAGUCUGUUGACUCUGUUCAUUUUAACUGCCUGAACUUUUCCUCUACUAUCGGUGUAAACCUUUUGGAAUGCGUGUUUCUCUAAAUAUUUAUAGGGCUAGGCUAUUUGUAAGCACAGAAGCAGAGUUGCAUGAAGUUUCAACUUUGAGUACAAGUCAGCUACAUGUGUAGGCCCUGCCCCUAGUAAUAAAAUCACAAUAAAAUUCUCUGACUCUGGACGCAUCGCUAAACUGUAAACUUGAGAUCUACUUCCAUCAUGGCGCUGGCACCGAAAGUGAUCAUGACCUGGUUCUUCACUCUCCUCUUUCUCAUCCUCUUGGCUCUGCGUCUGGACCAGAAUACAACCUGGAACUGGUUCAUCAUCUUCCUUCCUCUGUGGAUCUUCGACUUCUUAGUCCUCUGCAUUCAGCUCCUGCGGAUCGUCACGCACGUCAGGACUGGCCACGACCGCCAUCUUGAGAUGACCAUGUCGACCAAGAUAUUCUUCGUCAUUGGGAUAGGCCUGAAGCUCCUGUUCCAGGUCCUGUUAUGUGUGCGGCUGGAGUACAAGCAUGAUUUGGCCCUGUUCUACGUUUUCAUACCCCUGUGGGUGAUUCUAAUAUUUGGCGCUGUCCGUUUGACCCCUUGGAUUGUGAAGCAGACAUGAUCGCUGUCAUGGUCAAUAGUCGGAUUCUCAAAAAAACUUCUUUGAAAUAUAAGUUUACUGCACUAUUUUGAAUCACAAGUUGGACACUAAAUAAUUGCAUCUUGGAACAAUAUCCCACUUCUUUCAGAGUAGACUGCUGUCUAUAAAUCUAAGGCUCAAAGCUACAUCUGUGUGUUGUUUCUGUGGCCUCUGACAUUGAAAAGAGAUGCAGAAACAUUUCAAACGUUUUCAUAAAAUGUGCUUGGAAAACAUUCUCAGCAUUUUUUUUAUCAUACAUGAUGUAGCUUACAUGUAGAUAUUUUUCUUUGGAUGCCUGGAUGGAGCAUGGUGCCAAGGCUGUGCCAUGUAGCCAAGUCUGAAGUCUUGGAUUGAUAAUUUAAGUGAACCUUUUAUUAAAAAUAAAAGUUACAUGUAGACUCCUAUAGCGGGUCUAAAACAACAUGAAAAAUGAAUGUUUUAAGCAAAAUAAUAUUUCACCAAGAGAAAUAUAAUCAUUGAUCAACAAUUUCCUUGAAGUUUAUGAGUGGCUGCAAGUGAUGAAGCUAAAACUACAUUUUAGUCAAGGUGUUAACUUCUUCUGGAAACGGUACAGUCCACCGUCUGGUGUAUUGUUGUACUGGUAAUGAAUUGAACUGGCAAAGAUGGAGGAGUUUGUUUUCAA